UUCUUAUAGGUUCUAAAGUGACAAAGAAUGCCCUUGUUGAAUUUGAUUGCGUAAUACGUAGAUGAUUGCUUGUACAGUUAUUGCCCAUGCUACGCAGCAUUUCUCAAAGAAUCUUUCCUCUUCGUUAAACAUAAAUGUACAGUAGCACAGGGAACGUGUUAUCUGUACACGUCCUCAGCAAUAUUGUAUGCGGCGAAUGGAUCAGAAAGUAUUGAGAAUCACACUCUUGCCUCUUCACAACCCUUCACACGGUCAACUCAAAACCCUCUAUAAAUCCACACUCCCCCUUUCCUACACAACACGACAACUCCUCCAUUUACUACUCUAAGCAGUUUCUGAGUUCCAAAACUCGAUCCAGUUUAAAACUCGAAACUAUUCAAAAUCCAAACCCCAAAGCCCGAAUUCCGAAGCCCCAAAAAUGGCAGAUUCAGAAGGUGAACCCGGAAGCUCCAUGCAUGGAGUGACAGGCAGAGAACAAACCUUGUCAUUCUCAGUAGCAUCGCCAAUUGUCCCAACAGACACGACAGCCAAAUUCGACUUGCCAGUCGAUUCAGAGCACAAGGCCAAAGUUUUCAAACUAUUCUCUCUGGCCAACCCUCACAUGAGGACGUUCCACUUGUCUUGGAUCUCCUUCUUCACUUGCUUUAUCUCAACAUUUGCAGCUGCUCCUCUCGUCCCUAUCAUCCGAGACAACAUAAACCUCACGAAGCAAGACAUCGGAAAUGCCGGAGUUGCCUCCGUCUCAGGCAGCAUAUUCUCAAGGCUUGUGAUGGGUGCGGUGUGUGAUUUGAUAGGGCCACGCUACGGCUGUGCGUUCCUAAUUAUGCUCAGCGCACCCACUGUGUUUUGCAUGUCGUUUGUGGCUGACGCUGGGGGUUACAUAGCAGUUAGGUUUAUGAUUGGUUUUUCUCUUGCAUCAUUUGUGUCGUGCCAAUAUUGGAUGAGCACAAUGUUUAAUAGUAAGAUUAUUGGACUGGUUAAUGGGACUGCAGCCGGGUGGGGUAACAUGGGCGGUGGGGCAACCCAACUCAUGAUGCCUUUGGUGUUUGACAUCAUCGGUAGAUGUGGAGCAACUCCUUUUACUGCCUGGAGAAUUGCAUUCUUCAUUCCAGGGUGGUUUCAUAUCAUUACUGGAAUCAUGGUGUUGACCCUUGGCCAAGACUUGCCUGAUGGGAAUCUUGGUGCCUUGCAGAAGAAGGGUGAAGUUGCCAAAGAUCAAUUCUCCAAGGUAUUGUGGUAUGCUGUCACAAACUAUAGAACGUGGAUCUUUGUCCUUCUCUAUGGCUACUCCAUGGGUGUUGAGUUGUCCAUUGAUAAUGUCAUUGCUGAAUACUUCUAUGACCGAUUUGAUCUAAAACUUCACUUAGCCGGCAUCAUUGCUGCAUCAUUCGGCAUGGCCAACUUUGCGGCUCGUCCCUUUGGUGGGUGGGCAUCUGAUGUAGCAGGCAGGUACUUUGGAAUGAGAGGCAGGUUGUGGACUCUCUGGAUUCUCCAAACCCUAGGAGGAGUCUUCUGUAUAUGGCUCGGCCGAGCCAAUUCACUCCCCCUUGCAGUCCUUGCCAUGAUCCUCUUCUCUAUAGGAGCCCAGGCUGCCUGUGGAGCUACCUUUGGCGUCAUCCCCUUCAUCUCCCGACGUUCCCUCGGCAUCAUAUCGGGCCUCACCGGAGCAGGUGGGAACUUCGGGUCUGGGUUGACCCAACUAGUGUUCUUCUCGACCUCAGCGUUCUCAACUGCCUCAGGGUUGUCUUGGAUGGGGGUAAUGAUUGUGUGCUGUACUCUUCCUGUGACUUUGGUGCACUUCCCACAAUGGGGAGGCAUGUUCCUUCCAGCGUCCAAAGAUGUCGAGAAGUCGACGGAAGAGUUUUACUAUGCAGCUGAGUGGAGUGAGGCGGAGAAGCAGAAGGGGUUGCACCAAGGGAGUUUAAAGUUCGCAGAGAAUAGUAGGUCUGAGCGUGGUAGGCGAGUUGCGUCUGCUCCAACUCCACCCAACACCACACCUUCCCAUGUUUAAUCACAUGCAUGCAUCAAUGGGUGCAAGUGAAGAACUCGAAUAAUCAGAGAGAACUGCUUUUAAAUAUGUGAAUGUCGUCUCUAUAAAGAAGAUCGCAUACGAAUUGGUACAUGUUUCACUUGUAAUGAAAACGGAGGCAGUGACGACUGUGUGCCUCUUUUGAGUU